AUGAUGCUACUUCUCAUGCUGAUGCUUAGUAUCAAUAAUGGAAGAAGUAUUGAUGAGUGUAAAGAGUUGUCUUGUGGACAAGACGAACCGAUCAUUCGAUUUCCCUUCCAACUCGUUAAUGAAUCAUCGCAAGAUCAAUGUCUUUAUCCUGAAUUCUGUCUAUAUUGUACCACUAUUCAUGGAUACAAUGAAACCAUGGUUUCACUCCCUACCACUUCAGGUCCAAUCAAAUUCCUUGUGGAAAAAAUUGACUACGAAUCAAACCAAAUCUUAGUUUGGGACCCGGAAAAGUGCAUGGCCACAAAGUUUCUGAAACUUACCACUUCAUCAUUUCUACCUUACCGAUUUUCUCCAGUAUCAGAAACAACCGAAUAUUCUUUCUUCGAUUGCUCUUCACUUAGUAGUUCAAAAUAUGAUCAGUCACAAAAUAGGAUCACCUGUCCAAUUUACGGUUCUAAUUCUAAUCACAGUGUCUUCACAUGGAAUCUUGCAUCGUGUAUCAAGAUGUUCGACAUCAACUUGCCAAUCAUGGCCCCAGACCUGACGAAUAAUUUGCUAGAUUUGAGUUGGCUCGAACAAAACUGUACAGUGUGCGAAGCGAAAGGCAUGGAGUGCAAAUGGAAAAACAACGGUACCAAAGGAGAAACGGAAUGUUUUGGUUGCUACAAGAAACGGAAAACAAUUCUUCCAAAGUCUCUUAUAUACAGUGCUACAGGUUCAAUUCUUUUGGGGCUUAUUCUGAUUGCGUUGUUUAAGAUAUUUCUCUAUUUUAGAAAGAAAGAAGAGGAUCAAAUUAGAGUUGAUAAAUUUUUAGAGGAUUAUAGAGCACAAAAGCCAGCUAGAUUUUCCUAUGCUGAUUUAAAAAGAAUUACAAAUGGAUUUAAGGAAAAACUUGGAGAAGGAGCUCACGGAACUGUGUUUAAAGGAAAACUCUCAACUGAGAUUCUUGUGGCAGUGAAAAUGCUCAAUGGUACUCAAGGAGAAGGAAAAGAGUUCAUCAAUGAAGUAGGAAUUAUGGGCAAAAUCCAUCACAUAAAUGUAGUUCGUUUGAUUGGUUUUUGCGCCGAUGGAAUCCACCGCGCUCUUGUUUACAAUUUGUUUUCAAAUGGUUCGCUACAAAGUUUCAUAUUUUCACCGGAUAACAAAGACCAUUUCUUAGGGUGGGAGAAGUUGCAACAAAUUGGUAUUGGCAUAGCCAAAGGAAUUGAGUAUCUCCAUCAGGGUUGUAACCAUCCAAUCAUUCAUUUUGACAUCAACCCUCACAAUGUUUUGCUAGAUGACUCUUUUACUCCAAAGAUUUCCGAUUUUGGUCUCGCAAAAUUAUGUUCCAAGAAUCUUAGUGUUGUGUCCAUGACAGCUGCUAAGGGAACCUUUGGAUACAUGGCGCCUGAAGUUCUGUCGAGAAAUUUUGGAAACGUGUCUCUAAAAUCAGAUAUUUACAGUUAUGGAAUGUUGUUGUUAGAAAUGGUUGGAGGAAGGAAGAAUAUAGAAACAUCAUCUGCGGAAAAUUUCAAUGUCUUGUACCCAGAGUGGAUCCACAAUUUAUUGGAAGGAGAUGUACAUAUUCAUAUUGAGAAUGAAGUUGAUUUUAAAAUUGCAAAGAAACUUGCAAUAGUUGGACUUUGGUGCAUUCAAUGGCAACCAAUAAAUCGUCCAUCAAUAAAAGCUGUUGUGCAAAUGUUGGAAACAAGAGAUGAUAGCCAGCUAAUUGUACCUCCUAACCCUUUCCAGUCAACGACUUCCAUGACCACUAAUGAAAAAACCACUUUGGCAAGAAGAACUUUUCAAAUGGAAAUAAUUCAGGAAUAA